CCAGCCAGCAGUAGAGUGCUCUCCCCUCCAUACAAAUACCGCCAUAGCCAGCGAGCUCUCUGCACCUCUGCAUCUCUGCCAUCUCCUUCCCCACCCCACCGCCAUUGCCGCCGCGGCGAUGCUGCCGCGGUUUCACGGCGCCAUGUGGAUGCAGGACGACGGCGGCGGCGACCAAGAACACGGGCAGGCGGCGCCGCCUGGGCAGGAGCAGCACCACCACGACCAGCAUCUCAUGGCGUUGGCGGCCGCGGCCGCGGGCGGCGCCGGGUUCGGCGCGGCGCAGGCGCCGGCGCCGCUGCUCGAUGAGGACUGGUACUUCGACGCGGCGGGUGGUGGUGGUGGUGGCGCGCAUGGGUCCAUGAUGCUGGGUUUGUCGUCCGUCCAUGGCGGGAUUGGGGCGGGGACGUCUGGUGGUGGGCAUGGGCAGCAGUUCUCGCUGCUCAACAUGGGCGCCGCGGCCGCGCCGUUCGACGUCUCCGGGUUCGACCUCGGGAUCGCCUGCGGCGGCGUUGGCGGCGGCGGCGACGUGGUGUCGUUUCUUGGCGGCGGGAACGCGUCGAACACCGCGCUGCUCCCCGUCGGGAACGCGGGGUUCCUCGGCACGUUCGGCGGGUUCGGCACCGCGGCGUCCCAAAUGCCGGAGUUCGGCGGGCUCGCCGGGUUCGACAUGUUCGACGCGGGCGCCGUGAACACCGGGGGCAGCUCCUCCUCCUCGUCGGCGGCGGCGGCGGCGGCGUCCGCCUCGGCGCACGUGAGCAACACCGCGCCGUUCUCCGGGCGCGGCAAGGCGGCGGUGCUGCGGCCGCUGGAUAUCGUCCCGCCCGUGGGCGCGCAGCCGACGCUGUUCCAGAAGCGCGCGCUCCGCCGCAACGCCGGCGAGGACGACGACGACAAGAAGCGCAAGGCCGCCGCGGGCGCGGGCGCGGGCGCGCUGUCCGCCGACGGCGCCGACAUGGUGCUCGACGACGGCGACGACGACGGCCUCAGCAUCGACGCGUCGGGCGGCCUCAACUACGACUCCGAGGACGCCAGGGGCGGCGAGGACAGCGGCGCCAAGAAGGAGUCGAACGCCAACAGCACGGUCACCGGCGACGGGAAGGGGAAGAAGAAGGGGAUGCCGGCCAAGAACCUCAUGGCGGAGCGCCGCCGCCGGAAGAAGCUCAACGACCGCCUCUACAUGCUCCGCUCCGUCGUGCCCAAGAUCAGCAAGAUGGACAGGGCUUCCAUUCUCGGCGACGCGAUUGAGUACCUGAAGGAGCUGCUGCAGAAGAUCAAUGAUCUUCAGAAUGAGCUCGAGUCGUCCCCCGCGACGUCGUCAUUGCCUCCAACACCCACAAGCUUCCAUCCCCUGACACCGACGCUGCCCACAUUGCCGUCCCGCAUCAAGGAAGAGAUCUGCCCAAGUGCAUUGCCAAGCCCCACUGGACAACAGCCAAGGGUUGAGGUUAGGCUGAGGGAAGGCCGGGCUGUCAAUAUCCACAUGUUCUGUGCUCGGAGGCCCGGUCUACUGCUCUCUGCCAUGAGGGCCGUCGAAGGCCUUGGUCUCGAUGUCCAGCAAGCUGUAAUCAGUUGCUUCAAUGGCUUUACGUUGGAUAUUUUUAAGGCUGAGCAAUGCAAGGACGGCCCUGGGCUGUUGCCUGAAGAAAUCAAGGCCGUUCUGAUGCAAUCCGCCGGGUUCCAUACCAUGAUCUAGGACAGGAGAGCUCAAUCAAACUCCAAAGGACAGAGUAGCUCAGGAAUUGACAAAGUACCGGUGUUUCCUGGUCAUGUGGCAUUUUCGACAGAAGGAAGUUCCUCUUUUUAGUAGUUUUAGACCUGCUCAGGGCUUGCUGAACCAGUUUAUCUUCUAGUAUUUAGAGUCCCCAAAAAAAAUAAUGUCAGUAGUCUCUUGGUGCUUUAACAUUGUGUUUUGAAACCUUCUGCCUGUUUUUUUUACUUCCCGGUACAUGUUUUCGUCUUGUGUAAGUCUGAAGAUGAAUUCCUAUCAAUUAACAGGCAAAGAAACAGGAUCAUUCCAAGAACAGCUCAAA